AUGGAGGCGAACUCAAACCCAACGGAACUUUUGCUGGAUCAUAUUUUUGAUAGGCUCCGUGAUCGUUUGGAGCAUGUUCUGGAACGGAUGCCCCUGGAUCUGGAUUUCCUAGACUUUAUCUGCACUCAAGAAUUAGUUUUUUUAAAUGCCAUGUCUUGUCAGAUAGAUGUUCCUUCAAUUAUUUUGGAUGCGCUGGCUCAUUUGCACAGACUAAUUAAUUUAGAAAAACAAAGUGAAGAACAACAAACAACUGUUGUGCAUAUGGAGCAAGGACCAGCUGGGCGACAACGGAUGGUCAUAUCCUCAGACUACCUUUGCAGUCUUUUAGAACUCCAUCUCCCUGUCCCAUGCAUCGCCAAACUCUUGGGUGUAUCCAGACGGACUGUAUAUCGACGGAUGGCAGAGUCUGGUCUUUCAGUGAGGGCAUUAUACACCACCAUGUCAGAUGAUGACUUAGACCAAUGUGUGAGAGACAUUAAAUCCAGGCAGCCUCACUCUGGGUACCGAAUGGUAAAGGCCCUUCUGCAAGCCAGAGGACUGAGGGUGCAGUAUGACAGAGUCAGAGCAUCCAUGCAUCGUGUAGACACCAUUGGAAUGGCAUCACGUAUGGUCCAGCUAGGAUGCAUAGCUCGACGGACGUACUCAGUUCCUGGCCCUCAGUCUUUGAUGCACAUUGAUACCAACCACAAAUUAAUACGGUACAACAUUGUUAUCUUUGGUGGCAUUGAUGGUUUUUCUCGAAAGAUAAUGUAUCUUGGUACAGCUCCCAACAACCUGGCAUCUACCACACUGGCUUUCUUUCAGGGCUCAGUGGAGGAGUUUGGUUUCCCCCUCAGGGUACGUGCCGAUCAAGGGGUGGAAAAUGUGGACGUGGCACGACUUAUGUUUAUGAUUCGUGGAACAGGAAGAAGCAGUUUCAUCUCUGGGAAGAGUGUGCACAAUCAAAGGAUUGAGCGACUGUGGAGAGAUCUGUGGACGGCUGUGACGUGCAUCUAUUAUGAUGUGCUGCACUACCUAGAAGAAGAGGGAUACCUGGACAUUUCCAAUGAAGCCCAACUCUUCUGUUGCCACUAUGUCUUCCUGCCACGUCUGCAGGAAGAUUUGGAUACUUUCCGCAGUGGCUGGGACAAUCACCCACUUCGAACAGAAAGCAACAUGACACCUAACCAGCUCUGGGUUCUCAACAGAACCUUAUUGAAGAGAUCCAAGGCGUCCAAAUACCACAAUAAGUGCAGCUUACCAGGGCAGAGCAAGAGGCAACCGAAACCUACCAAGGGAGAGUCCAAACGCAUUCAGGAAAAGAAGGACGUCUCCAAAGCACAGCAGCCCGCCGCACCCGACAGUCCCUGGACGAUCUAUGGCCUCCGCCCAGAGAGACCCUCCACAGAGCCAGACCUCAGGAAAGAUGUCAUCUUGUUGAAGGACAGCAUCAACCAGAGGCUUCACUACAUGACCAAGUGGGACACGGCGCCUCACCUCCUUCCUGACCUGUCCCUGGACGUGAUUCAGAGAUUGUUGUUUCCCAGAGCGUUUCCUUCUCGGCUCAGCAAGUCACAGGACUUUGAGCCGCAGGACAUCAAGAAAGUCCUGCACAAAGGAUUCCCUCAGGGAAAGAGCACCUCUCCCUGGACAGAGGUGGUCAUGCACCUGGUUGAGGUCCUGGAGCAGGGACACUACUAG